AUGAAUUUUGAAGAAAUCGAAGAGCAGGACGGGACUCGCUUCUCCUGGAAUGUGUUCCCAGCUUCUCGCCUGGAUGCUACAAGAACAGUGGUUCCUAUAUCAUGUCUAUAUACCCCACUCAAAGAGAGAGAGGACCUUCCACCAAUCUAUUAUGAGCCUGUAACUUGUAAGGCUCCUUGUCGUGCAAUUUUGAACCCUUACUGUCAAAUUGAUGUUCGCGGAAAACUCUGGAUCUGUCCUUUUUGCCUUCAAAGAAAUGCUUUCCCCCCUCAUUAUAAAGAUAUCUCCAAUACUAAUCUUCCUGCCGAAUUGUUACCUAAAUUUACUACAAUUGAAUACACUCUUGCUCGUGCUGCUCAAGUUCCUCCAAUUUUUUUGUUUGUGGUAGAUACUUGCUUAGAAGAUGAUGAUUUGAAAGCAUUGAAAGAUUCUCUAGUCGUCAGUCUGAGUUUGUUGCCUUCCAGUGCAUUAGUUGGCUUGAUCACGUAUGGCACUAUGGCCCAAGUUCAUGAGCUUGGUUAUAGCGAAUGUCCAAAAUCAUAUGUUUUUCGUGGGACUAAAGAAUAUUCAUCCAAACAAAUCCAAGAAAUGCUCGGUUUAUCAGGAGUUGGAAUACGUCAAUCAUUGCAAAGACCAGGUCCAUCAGGUGUUCCUCAAAGUGCUAGCCGAUUUCUUUUGCCGGUUGAGCAAUGUGAUUUCCAGUUAACAUCUAUUUUAGAGCAACUUCAACGUGACCCUUGGCCAGUUGCUAACGAUAAACGUUCACAAAGAUGUACCGGUGUGGCAAUGAGUGUGGCGAUUGGUUUAAUGGAGACCACAUUUUCAGGUACUGGGGCACGUAUUAUGCUGUUCUGUGGCGGUGCUGCUACAGAAGGUCCUGGCAUGUUCUAUGAUGCUUUGGCAAAACGUGCGUCAACAAACGGGCAUAUUGUUGAUAUCUUUGCUGGAUGCCUCGAUCAAGUUGGAUUGCUUGAGAUGAAAUCAAUGGUGAAUUCUACUGGAGGUUUUAUGAUCCUUUCAGAUUCUUUCACAACAGCUAUUUUCAAACAAAGUUUCCAAAGAGUAUUCAAUAAAGAUACUCAAGGCAACUUACAAAUGGGAUUCAAUGCAACUUUGGAUGUACAAACUACACGAGAAAUGCGAGUAUGUGGUUUAAUUGGUCAUGCUAUUUCUGCAAAUAAAAAGAGCGCAUCAGUCGCUGAGACAGAAAUCGGUAUUGCCAAUACUUCGGCGUGGAAGAUGUGCGGAAUAACCCCAAAGUCAACUGCGGCGAUAUAUUUUGAAGUGGUUAGUCAACAUGGACAACCUCUUCAACCUGGUUCGCGUGGGUUGAUUCAAUUUUUGACUCAUUACCAACAUUCCAGUGGACAAUUCCGUUUGCGUGUUACAACAGUUGCCAGGAACUUUGCUGAAGGAAAUAGUCCACAAAUUGCUCAAUCUUUUGAUCAAGAAGCUGCUGCUGUUCUUAUGGCACGUAUUGCGGUAUUCAAGGCAGAAAUUGAUGAUGGUCCGGACGUAUUAAGAUGGUUGGAUCGUAUGUUAAUUCGCCUGUGUCAGAAAUUUGCCGAUUAUAGAAAGGAUGAUCCUUCAUCGUUUCGUCUUGCAGAAAACUUUUCUAUAUAUCCACAAUUCAUGUUUCAUCUUAGGAGAAGUCAAUUUUUGCAGGUUUUCAAUAAUAGUCCUGAUGAAACAGCAUUUUAUCGCCAUGUUUUGAAUCGGGAAGAUGUGAACAAUUCACUGAUUAUGAUUCAGCCUACACUUAUGUCUUAUGGUUUCGAUCAACCACCACAACCAGUACUCUUGGAUUCUAUUUCUAUAAAGCCCGAUGUCAUUUUACUACUUGAUACAUUUUUCCAUAUUCUUAUUUUCCAUGGGGAGACAAUUGCUCAAUGGAGGAAGGCGGGAUAUCAGGAUCAAGAAGGUUAUGAAAAUUUCAAAGAGUUAUUAGAAUUACCAAAGAAUGAUUCAGAGGAACUUUUGGCGGAUCGGUUCCCUAUUCCUCGUUACAUUGUUUGUGAUCAACAUGGUUCUCAAGCACGUUUCUUACUUUCCAAAUUAAAUCCUUCCACUACACACGUUUCUGGAGGCAUGUAUGGAGCUCCGCAAGGACAAGCUAUCUUUACUGAUGACGUUAAAAACACGAUGGCUAUCGCUCCAAUUACCGGUAAAAUUCGCAAAAUACUUAUUACCGAUGUAGUAAUUUCAUUUGCACUUGGCAUUGGUGGUGGAUAUGCUUAUUGGUAUGGACUUCAUGUUCCUAUGGUUCAACAAAGAGAUGCUUUUUAUGCUAAACUUGCAAGAGAGAAACAACAAAAAUGA